AUGAGCACUCGGGUCGAGAAGCUGCUGCUGCUGCUGGCGCUGCUACUGUCUCGGGUGGAACCCGAGGAGGAGAAGGAAUCGCUGGAAGUGGACCUGUUGUCAGAUUCGAGGACUCAUCUGUGUUUGAAAGUAACGGGGCCCUGUGGGAGGGCUGGGCCUGCGGGCCACAGGGGAGGAUCCCAGAACCACGUCUCCUUCCACGGCCAGACCCAGGAUGCGCGGGGCCUCGCGGGGCCUCGAUGGAGCCCCUGGGGGGGUGCCAGGGACCCCGGGGGCAAGCCGGGCGGGGUGGGCCUGUCUCGUUCAACACAGCCACCACAGGUUCGUCUGACCAUCCCAGGGCCAUGCGGCCACCGGACCCUCCCGUCCCGCGUGGUGGGUGGAGAGAACGCGAGACUCGAGAGCUGGCCAUGGCAAGGGAGCCUGCGCCUGUGGGGCAGCCACAUGUGCGGAGCCAGCCUGCUCAGCCGCCGCUGGGUGCUCACUGCCGCCCACUGCUUUGAAACUUCCCUUGAUCCCUUUGAGUGGACGGUCCAGUUUGGCGAGCUGACUUCUAGGCCAGGUAUCUGGAACCUGCAGGCCUACUACAAUCGUUACCAAGUGGAAGAUAUCUAUCUGAACCCCCAAUUCAAGGGGAAGGCGCCCUAUGACAUUGCCCUGCUAAGGUUGGACUCCUCUGUCAAGUACACAAACCUUAUCCAGCCUAUUUGCAUCGUUCCCUCCGCGUUGGAAUUCGAGAACCGGACUGACUGCUGGGUGACCGGCUGGGGGGACAUCAGAGAGGGUGAAGAUCUGCCAUCUCCUUACACCCUCCAGGAAGUGCAGGUCUCCAUCAUCAACACCACCAUCUGUAACCACUUGUACCAAAUGUCAGACUUCCGCUAUAGCAUCUGGGGAGACAUGGUUUGUGCCGGACAGCUCGCAGGCGGCAAGGAUUCCUGCUUUGGUGACUCAGGAGGACCCUUAGUCUGCGAACUGGAAGGGCUGUGGUAUCAGAUUGGAAUUGUGAGCUGGGGAGUGGGCUGUGGUCGACCCAACCGGCCUGGAGUCUACACCAACGUUAGUCAGCACUUUGACUGGAUCCGGAUGCUGAUAGCCCGUAAUGGCAUACCCAGGCCUGACCCCUCUCCUGCACUGCUGUUCCUUACUCUGCUCUGGGUUCCCAGGCUCCUGGGACCAGUCUAA